GUAAAUAAUUUUGUGCGAACAUUCACUUAGAUGGAUUAUAUACAUUCAUUGUAUUGUAAAUAUGAAUUGAUUGUAAAUAUAAAUUUCAUAUAAUGAUCUCAGUACACCUGUCGUACCCUCUUUAGUAUUGAUUUUGGAAGGAAUUUAGAAAGAGCCACAAGACUAUUGAAUCGAGAUUCUCCUUGGAUUGAGUGAAUUAAAUCAUUGAUGAGGAAAUAGUAGAUAUUUGGAGCUCGUUGCGGUAGCCUAUCUAUCAACUUCAAGAUUCAUGAAAUUUUGAUCCACUAAAACUAGAGAAUCAUAUAAGAAAAUAUCAAAGAUGCACGCGGUUGGAUUACAUUCAGCUUUGGCUAUUAAACGCCAGCGAAAACGACGAGAUGAACAGCGCCGUGCUAAAGAACGUAGAUAUAGUAGCCAAUCUGGUGAAAGCGGUUUGACAUCACCAAGAUUAUCGACAGCUUCGCUCGAUCAACGUCGUCACCAUAAAACCCAUACGGAAAGAUCUAAUCAAGGAGUGUUAGAUACUAAAGUUGUAACAUCAAUAGGAAUGUUGCAUGUUGGUGUUGUAUUCUUAGUAUUGGGGGCUUUUUUAUUAAUUAGUGGUAUUCUGCCUAAUGAUUUAGAUUCAUUAAAAAACAAAUCUUUCAUUAAAUGGUGGAAUGAACUUGUAGCAAUCGGACUUUUUUCAAUCACAGUUGGAUGUUUUUUAAUUAUCUUAAACCGUAUUAUUACUAAAAAGGAAGAAGAUGAUCUUGAAAAAUAUGUAAAACGUCAAUUAACGCGAUCGAAGUCGGGUCAUCGACUUGAAAGAGAUAUUGAAACAGGCGAGCUAACCACGAAACAUGCUAAGAAAGCAAAACAAUAUAAAAAUUUGAAUUCAUCAAUUUCCAUCAAUAGUCGACCUAUAAAAGAUAUACCCAAUACAUAUUCAUUAGCAAAUCCAUCGCCAGUUUAUACAACGUAUUCAAUAUGUGAAACUCAUCCAACAAUAGAAUCUUCUAUAUUUUUAGAAGGAAUAGCUGAAGAAGAUGGCAUUACUGAUAGACUAAUAACUUUAACUCAAUUACAUACCGAAUCAGAGUUGACGAAUAAAAAAAACUUAUUUGAAAAAUAAUUUUAGCAAAAAUAAUUUUUGCAGAAUAUUGAUAUGAAAUUUAUAAUGCGUUGUAAUGUCUGAAUUUGUAAUAUUCUAGUGUA